CGAAAGAAGAAGAACAUGAAGCGGCAGUAGUAGUACACGUGGUGGCGGAAGAACAACUAAAUCGCCAAACUUCCAGAUUUACCCUUCUCGUUCUCACGCCAUUCUUCUUCUCUCUCUCUUCCCCUGCUUCUCCUCUCUGCUUCUCCUUCCGCGAGCGACAGAGCAAGAGCGAGAGAGAGAACUCCCGAGAAUGUGGAAGAGAAGUCUCAACGCUUCUCUCUCCGCCGCCCUUCGCCGGACCGUCGCCCCCACCGGCCGCGCCGCCGUCCGGAUCCGUUCUUCUUCGCAGAGGCUCCGGCGCCCGCCUUCGCUCUCCUCCGACGCGGGAAUCGCGGGCUCUUCCCUUCUCGGCCGGCGCGAUUCCCUCCGGUGUUCCGGGAGGAGCUGCUGCUCGGAAAGUGCUUCCGAUGAUGGUUCGGCUCCCAAGUGCUGGAAUUGCGGCGCCGUCGCUGGGAAGAGCGCCGGGACGGCGCCGUUCCUGGCGUGCGGGUCUUGCCGGAGCGUUCAGCCUGUGGACGAGUCGGUGGAUUAUUUCCAGAUUUUCGGACUGGAAAAGAAGUAUGAUAUUGAUGUUAGCAAUCUGGAGGGCAAGUACAAGGACUGGCAGAAGAAGUUGCAUCCUGACCUAGUCCAUUCGAAAUCUGAGCAAGAAAAAGAAUAUGCUGCAGGGCAGUCUGCUCGAGUAAUAGAUGCAUACCGCACACUUAGCAAGCCUUUGACAAGGGCGAUAUAUGUUCUAAAGCUUGAAGGGGUAAACGUCGAUGAAGAGGAGACUGUUUCAGAACCAGAGUUGUUAACUGAGAUACUGGAAAUAAGAGAAGCAGUAGAUGAGGCUGCUGACUCUCAGGCUUUGAGACAGAUUCAAUCUCAGAUGGAAGACAAACUGAGACACUGGUAUAAUUCUUUUGCCAGUUCAUUACAUGCCCGGAAAUUUGAAGAUGCUCAGACAUGUGUUAGGAGAAUGAAGUAUUACACUCGUGUAAACGAAGAAAUCACAAAGAAGCUUUGAUAUAGGUACUGGCCCAGAACCUUCUUGUGAGACGGUGAGUGUACAUUUUCACAUGGACUGUUGGAGACUUUACCCUAGUGGGUGGGUCUUAAGACUUCCUGCUCUCAGGAAUGAGUGACAUCAGCGAAGAAACAGGACGCAUGAGAGCCUCGUUUUAACCUUUUGACCAACGCAAGAAGCUUUGGGUUCCCCACCACCUUGGUUAUAGCGGAUCUUUGACACCGAGCCACUUGAAUCUUUGUCCUGAUAAAGCCAGUUUCAAGGACAGACAAAUUGCAGGAUUCAUUCCAUUGUUUUUGAACAAUUACACAUUCAGGUACCUGUGGACAUAACUUAUUCAUGUUCUUUUGUUUUCCAUCUUGAUGCCAUUUCUUAGAGAUUCUGUAAAAUGAGUUGAUCGCUUCAACAAUGGUUUACGUUUCCUUCCGUCUUCCAAGUGGACAGCCCAGACUGUACAGAGAGCUGUUGAAAGGGUAAGUGAAAACAAGGGAGAAAUCUCAAGAACAUGAUUUAGGUCCUCCAUAAAUAAAACUUUUAUUUGUUAUUGUACGGGCAUUCAUAAAUAUCAAUCUCAUUUCUGAUGCAA